UUGAAAUUGCCCAAGGAACAUUCACCUAGAAUCUAGAAAUGUCCAAAAUAAAGCGUUUCUUCAGCAAGAAGAAGGAGGAGGCGGCCUUUAAGUUAAAGCUGGGCGGCGGCAUGGGCGAGGGGCAUAAGCUGAAUGCACCUAAGCCGGAGGCUGCUAGCAGCAGCAGCGGCAGCAGCUCACGACGUGGACGUGGCGAGGUCUAUGUGCCGCCGCAGCGCAAUGAAAUUAGCAAUGAGGCACGCGCAGCUGCCGCUGCGGCGCUCUCACGCAUCGAAAAGAAAGAUUCACGUGAUUUCAACACAUCGCUGGCAGCGGUUAAGGCUCAAGCCAAGCGUGAGCUGGAGGCAGAGCGUCGCGAGAAGGAGCAGCUCAGCAGCGCUGCCUCGGCAAAUAGUCAGAGCAGCAGCAGCAGUACUGCUGGGGAUAACAAGUUGCUUGCCUGUCAGGGCGUCUACUUCCGUUGCCCACUCAUUGGCGAGGAGGUGCUGUCUAAGCAGGCCUGGAAGAUCAAGAUUAAGGAGUUCCUCUAUCAACAGCUAGAGAUGGAUCGUGGUCUUACCGCUUGUCUCAUUAUACAGAAUUGCAAUCCCAAGGAAAAGGCAGAUGAUUGCAUUACUACCUUACUUAAGUAUUUGGAAAAUCUUCAACAGCAUCCAGAGGAGGAAAAGUUUUGCAAGAUACGCAUGUCUAACAAGAUCUUUAGCGAUAAGGUGCGCUAUGUUGAGGGUGCCUUGGAUGUGCUUCAGGCUGCCGGCUUUAGUGAGCUGGAGUUGGAUAAUGAGCCCUAUUUACUGUGGACCCAAGAGCAGCUGGAGCCCGGUUUGGAGCUGGCUGGACUUAUCGAAGCGCUUAAGAACGCUGAGCCUAUACAAUUGGAGUUGGAUAGAAAUAUUAAAGUGUUGUUGCCAUCGCAGGCGCGUCGUGUUAUUCUACCAGACGACUUCUACCGCAUCUCGCCCGAAGAGAUUAAGCGAGAGCAGCAGCUACGCGCCGAGGCUAUUGAAAGCUCCCAGAUGCUUAAAACCAAGGCCAUGCGUGAUCGUGAGGAGCAGCGUAAUCUACGCAUGUAUCGCUAUACCUUGAUACGCGUCAAGUUUCCCAACGGACUCUAUAUACAGGGCACUUUCAAUGUCUAUGAGAAAAUUGCAGACAUUUUUGAAUUUGUACAGUCUUGCCUAGCAGAUGAAACGCUCGAAUUUAAUCUGGUCUCCACCAGCGAUGGCAAGUUUAGCGAAGAGGAUCUGGACAAAACUCUAUACGACUGCAAACUCAUUCCAAAUAUUCUAUUGCUUUUCACUGUGCCGGCUAUUCCCGCGCCCGUUGCCGCUGAUGUCAACUUUCUUAAGGAGGAGCUGCUUAUGCUGGUGCAGUCCAUGUAAAAGUAUGCGCUUGAUGGUAAACACGACAUUUGCACUACGCGCACUUUAAAUAGCCCAUUUUUAAGUUAUAAAGAUGUUGUUAUUAUUUAUUGCAAGCUAUUCAAAACAAAUAUAUAAGCACUUGUUG